UCCUUAAAAUAAAUUAUAGUCACUUUCCCUUUUAUCAAUUUUAAAGUAGGAUUUUUUAAUUUUUGUUACCCUUGUUUACCAACUUUUUGGUUUUUGUGUGAUCCAUUGAACACUUCAUGAAGGUAAAGUUUGUUACAAUCAGACCAUUAAUUCUCGUUGUCAACAAAAAAAAAUAAAAAUCAGACCAUUAUUUAUCUUGAUUUGGGGCAUUUGGGUUUCUCCCGUAAGGCUGCAACACAAAUUCAUUGUUUCUAUUUUCCGGCUGAGUAGUUUUUAUGUCAUUCAUUGCAGAAAUUAACGGUCAAAUAAUGUAAUCAGUAAACACUGAUUCUGUUGAAUCUCAUAAUGUUUCCUGGAUUUCUUAAAGUCCAUCAAGGUGUUAACAUUUCUAAAUUUUUUGGAGAAAAUGAAGAAUUUGAACACAAAGUUGAAAGCAAUCAAAAUUCUGGCGCAGGUGUAUUGUGCACACUGCUUGAUUAUCAUUUAUGUACAACUAGUCUAUGUAUUUGUAAAUUUGAACAAGCGUCUCAUUCUAGGUCAUGUAUGAGGUAGAUAAAAGGUUGAAAAUUUUCUCGCAUGUGAUUUACACUCCUUGUCUUACAAUACAUGCAGAUUUCCAAAUGCUUCAGAUAUGGAGAUAUUUUCUUUAUAUGGAGUUGGAAUUCCUACUGAGAGAGCCUAUAUUUACAAGCUGAGUGCAACAACAGAUUGUUACAUUCCUUUUCAGAUUGAUACAAUGGCAGACAGUUCAGAUGAGUGCUCUUGUCUCAAAGGAGGGGUUUACAAUGUUAAUGGAGAUGAAACAGUUCCUGUUUUGAGUGCUGGUUACAUGUGUGCUAAAGCAUGGAAAGGGAAAACCCGGUUUAACCCUUCUGGAAUGCAAACUUUUAUAAGGGAGUAUGAUCAUGCUCCUCCUGCUAAUCUAUUAGAGGGUAGAGGCACCCAAGAAUCACUUGCCAUACGUAAGGCAACUGUUACAGAAAAAAAAUACUCAGUGGAAAGUGAUGUAGUUAGGACUUAGGACCUUGAAAAUGUUGUCUCAAGAGCACCUGUGGAAAGAUUCUCACUGUUCGGCGUGGCUGGUUUGUGGUGUGGGUGAACCAAGAACCAUGGCCUGUGCCAGAUGGUGCUGGGGAUUGGUACCUCAAAAUUACAAAUCAAAGCAGCAACAACAUCAGAGAGUUUCAGGCUAAGCUCCUACCUGUUAAAGAAAGUGGAUACUCCCUUGAGGCUACUGAUUAUGGAGGCUGAAAAUA